AUGGCGGCAACGGAGAAUGGCUACGGAGAACACAGAAAGAAAUGUGAGAUGGAAACAACCAGUUCUGAAGUCAUUACUUUGUUUGGUCUUUUCAAGCUUCUAAAGUCUCUCGCUGUUUUUCUUAUGUGUUUCCCGACAAUAUCAUUAUGUUCUACGAAUGACCCGGCGUGUAAGCUGUUCAGCAGUGACAAUCAAUCCCCCAUGGGCUACUCAAGGGAUGGCGAAGUCACCAUUGCCGGUAUUUUACAAAUUCUCCUUCUGCAUGAUCUUAAUAUUGGGGAUUUUUCAGAGAGGCCUGAACUUGACUGUUGCGUGGGGACAUCGUUUAAGUACCUAAAGCAUUUGUUGGCUUUCAUCUAUGCCAUUGAGGAGAUUAACAACAGAACUGAUAUUCUUCCCAAUGUUACAUUGGGAUUUCAGAUCUAUGAUUCUUGUACCAGUGAAAAUGUAGCUAUAAAAAGUUUCCUGAACAUCAUUUCAGAGUCUUGGGACCCUGCCCCAAACUACAUCUGUAAGAAGUCACAAAAGACAAUUGCUGUAGUCGGACAUUUACUAUCAUCUUCCACCCACUCCAUAGCAAGGCUAACUCAGCAUUAUGGAUAUCCACAGAUAAGCUACGGAGCAUUUACUUGUACCUUUGGUGACAGUGAAAACUUUCCAUUGCUUUACCAAACUGUUCCAAGUGAGUUGUCUCAGUUUCGCGCCAUCGUUCAGCUUCUGCUCCAUUUUGAGUGGACAUGGGUUGGAAUCAUAACAACGGAUGAAAACAGGAAUCAACAGGCAGCUUUAGAGCUGAAAAAACAAAUGGGCGAGCAUGGGAUUUGUGUUGACUUCAUGACAUUCAUUUUAAAAGAUCCUUCUCAUCAUGCAAAGAGUACAUAUAAAGUUGUACAAACAAUUGAGAAGUCAUCUGUGAAGGUCAUUAUUUUAUACUGCACGGACAGUUUCUUUGUUUCAGUUUUGCAAACUAGCUCUUAUAGGGUUAUUGGGAAAGUCUGGAUCACAACAAUAGGAAUGGAUCACUAUUUCAAUGUUAAAUUUCCUAAUUUUCUUAUUAAAUUUAAUGGUUCUUUAGUAAUAACAAUUGAAAAAGGAAAAAUACCAGGAUUUACACAUUUUUUGUAUCGGUCAACAUAUGUGAAUAUGCCAGAUAAUGACUUUGUAAAAUCAUUUUGGAUGUUUAGUCUUGGGUGUAUGGAUGGCUAUGAAAAUUCAGGCUUGAAGAAAAAUUUGGAAGCUGAUAAUUUGUGGAAAAAUCUCUUGUCUGAAGAUGGGGCAACUACGUAUCGAUAUUCGUACGCCAUUUUUAAUGCCGUUCGAUUCAUUUCUGAAGCUUUGCAUCAUGUAAAUUUAGAGAAACAACAACUAAAACAAUCUCCAACAAGCCAGAUGUCUGAGUUGAAAUUGAAAGUUAGUGACAUUUCUGUUCAUGCCUGUACCAAAAAACUGAAACCAAAAGAACGAAAAAUUACUACGGAAAAAAAUAAAACCGUCCACAAGAAGUUGUUUUACCAUUUGUAUGUAACCAUCAUUAAUAAAGCUGUCCAAUGUAGUGUAACAGUACACAAUGAGAAUAUGGCUAAAAUACCAAAACUUAACCGGUAUUUAAAACUCGUGAGUCUGAAAUCAUCUUCUGGUGUAGACAUUUUUUUCAAUGAAAAAGGAUAUAUAGAUGGACGCUUCGAUAUAUUAAACCUGAUAGCAGAUAAAGAUAAUAAAGUAACAAAAGAGACUGUUGGCAACUGGAUGCCCUAUGCUUCAGACAAGCUUCAAAUCAACAAUAGUGGAAUUUUCUGGAAUCCAUAUUUCAAUAAGACUCCACAAUCUUUGUGCAGUUAUCCUUGCUCCCCAGGCUAUUGGAAAUCUAUGAAGAAGGGUAAACUGGCAUGUUGCUUUGGCUGUGUAUUGUGCAAAGAUGGAGAAAUAUCUAAUGGAACAGCUAGAGAAAUCUGUCAAAUCUGUCCUGAUGAUCAAUGGUCCAAUCCAACUAGAGAUAAAUGUAUUAAGCGUCCUCUACAUUUCCUAUCCUAUGAGGAAGAGUUAGGAAGGUCAUUGGCCACCAUUGCCACCAUCUUCUUUGGAAUGACUUCAUCAGUGCUCUGGGUUUUUGUUAAACACAGGAACACUCCUCUGGUCAGAGCCAACAAUCGUAACCUCAGCUAUGUUCUCCUGGUGUCUUUGAUGAUAUCUUUCCUUCUCUCGUUCUUAUUUAUUGGACAUCCCAGAGAACUGACCUGCCUCAUGAGACAAACUUCUUUUGGGUUUGUCUUUGCUGUUGCCGUUUCUUCAGUUCUGGGCAAAACGACAACUGUUCUCAUUGCAUUCAAUGCUACAAAACCUGGCAGCAAAUUAAGAAAAUGUGUAGGAUCCAGAAUACCCACUGGACUGGUCAUUCUGUGCUCUUUGGGGGAAUUCAUAAUAUGUGUGACAUGGCUGAUCUGUUUUCCUCCAUUCGUUGAACUUAAUACUAAGACUAUUUCAGGGACAAUCAUAGUACAAUGUAAUGAAGGCUCCAUUGUUGCUUUCUAUGUUGCAGUCUCAUAUAUUGGGAUUUUAGCAGUUUUUAGCUUUGUUAUUGCAUUUAUAUCUAGGAAGCUUCCAGACAUUUUUAACGAGGCCCAGCAUAUUACUCUGAGUAUGCUGGUGUUCUGUAUUGUCUGGAUGUCCUUCAUCCCAACCUAUCUCUGCACAAAAGGAAAAUAUAUGGUGGCUGUAGAGAUUUUUGCUGUUUUAUCCUCCAAUGGGGCAUUAUUAUGCUUUAUAUUUUUACCCAAAUGUAAAACUAUUGUACUUAAACCUGAAGACAACAGGAUACAUGAUAUUACAAUAAAAGCUUAA